AUGGUGUUCAGGUCUCCUCUAGAGCUCUAUCCCACCCACUUCUUCCUGCCAAACUUCAGCAGUGAGCGCUCCCUGCUCCUGGCCACCACCAGCAGCAGCUCCAGAGCCCCAGAAGAGCUGUCCAUGUUCCAGCUGCCCACCCUCAACUUCUCCCCGGAGCAAGUGGCCAGCGUAUGUGAGACGCUGGAGGAGACAGGGGACAUUGAGAGGCUGGGGAGAUUCCUAUGGUCCCUACCUGUGGCCCCUGGUGCCUGUGAGGCCAUCAACAAGCAUGAGUCCAUCCUCAGAGCUAGGGCUGUUGUGGCCUUCCAUACGGGCAACUUCAGAGACCUCUACCACAUCCUGGAGAACCACAAGUUUACUAAGGAGUCCCAUGGAAAGCUGCAGGCCAUGUGGCUGGAAGCCCACUACCAGGAGGCUGAAAAACUCAGGGGGCGCCCCCUAGGACCCGUUGAUAAAUACAGAGUGAGGAAGAAGUUUCCUCUGCCCAGGACCAUCUGGGAUGGUGAGCAGAAAACCCAUUGCUUCAAGGAGAGGACUCGCAGCCUCCUAAGGGAGUGGUAUCUACAGGACCCUUAUCCCAAUCCCAGCAAGAAAAGGGAACUGGCCCAGGCCACUGGACUCACACCCACACAAGUGGGCAAUUGGUUCAAAAACCGAAGGCAAAGAGACAGAGCAGCAGCAGCUAAAAACAGGCUCCAGCACCAGUCUAUCGGACAGAGCGGCAUGAGGUCGUUGGCAGAACCCGGGUGCCCCACACACAGCUCGGCAGAGUCUCCUUCCACAGCCGCUGCCAGUCCCACCACCAGUGUGUCCAGCCUGGCAGAGCGCGCGGAGACUGGCACCUCCAUCCUCUCUGUCACCUCCAGUGAUUCGGAAUGUGAUGUAUGA